AUGGACGCCACCAGCACGCGCGAGACUUCACAGUCUCACGUCAACAGCACCGAUGCAGACACGCCUGGCAACAUCAGCGUCAAGUGUGCUAAUUGCUCCUCCGAUGCUGUGGCUUCCAGUAACUGUACUUCUCCUACCUUCGUAGUCAAUGGAGGCAACGUCACCAUCAACAUCUAUCACAGUCCCAGCGCGACCACAGCCGAGACAGUCGACGGUGACCUGUUGCAGGCUGUAGCAGCAGUAGGGGCCUGCGAGGGCAACGACAGCCGUUUGGAGCAUCGUCAACAGUCACAUGAGAAUAUCGAGGAUUUCGAGCCCGAGCUGGAUGACACUGGUCGUCUUCCUCAGGUCGUCGUCGACAACACCAAGGGACCUGUCCAAGCCCAAACCUCCUCAGACUGUCCCAGAGACUUGGAGGAUAACAACAUGGAGACACAGAGGCUCAGUUCCCUUUCUGUUAUCACCGAGUCUAAUUUGAAAUUGCGUCUCCGCAGAUGUCACCUGUGCAAGUCAGACUUCAACGACAAGAGCAACGUAGCCCGUCCUGACGGCUCCGCCCCUUGUUCCUACCAUUCUGGUACUCUCAAUCGUGGCAUCGGCGGCCUCGAGUGGACCUGCUGUGGUGAGCGCCCGAUCACGGUCGACGGCCGCUCUGCCUUGAAUAUCUGCUCGCCAGGCUGCGUGGGAGUGUAUCACCAGGAUAAGAACGAAGCUUGGGACCCCAAAACCUUGACCAAGUACGAGCCGAGACGUUUCUGA